AUGGCUCAACCACUUGACCUCUCCAUCGCCACUCGACCCGGCAACUCGGGUGCUGUACCUGGCUUGGUCGAAGACAUCAACGCCCUGUCUAGCAGUUUACGGGAGGGCGAUGAAGAAACCCGUCACAAGUUGAUUUCCAAGACCCGCAACCUUCUUCAAUCUCUUCAAACCCCACGAGAGCAGAUGGUGCAGCACACGUGGGCCGACCCUGGACUGGAUGCGGCCCUGAUCACCGGCGUUGACACCGGGCUUUGGAAGCUGAUGGUCAAAAACGGCGCGGAAAAGCCGCAGAAAGUCGAAGACCUUGCCGCACCUCUUGGGAUGGACCCCGUACUUCUGGGCCGGCUGCUGCGUCACGUGUGCGCAAUGGGGCAUCUUGAGGAGGUUGGUCAUGAUGAGUACAAGCUCACGAGCUUUACAAAGUCGAUGAGCCUCGAUGUCAUCGGCGAUGGUUAUCUUGCUCUACUCGGUGGAAUCGGCCGGAGCCACAUUGAGUUCUACAAGUUCCUUCGCGAGACCAACUGGCGGAAUCCGGUUGAUGCCGCUCACACGUCCAUGCAUGCGUCCUAUAACACGGACCAGCCGAACUGCUUCGAGUAUCUCAGGACCAUUGGUUUGGGGCCGCAGACAAAUCAUCACAUGGGCGGUUACAGACAAGGCCGCGUGCCCUGGAUGCACCCCUCGCUAUACCCCGUCGAAAAGACCCUGUUCCCUGAUGCAGAUACAUCGGCGGAUGCGCCGCUCGUAGUUGACGUUGCCGGUGGUCUCGGCCACGACAUCGACGAGUUCAAGAAGACGUACCCGAACCACCCAGGCAAACUCGUCUUGCAGGAUCUUCCCGUCGUCAUAAGCGACGUCAAAAACAUUGACCCUUCAAUCGAACUGAUGAGCCACGACUUCCUCACGCCCCAGCCCGCAAGCUGCAGAGGCGCCAAGGCCUACUUCAUGCAUUCCAUCAUGCACGACUGGCCCGACGACGUGUGCCGUAACAUCCUGGGCCAUAUCGCGGACGCGAUGAAGCCCGGGUACAGCAAGCUGCUGAUCUUCGAGGUCGUGAUCCCCCAGACGGGAGCGUACUGGGAGGCGACGGCCGGCGACAUCUUGAUGAUGACGCAGCUCUCGGCCGUGGAGCGAACCGAAAGCCACUGGCACGAGCUGAUCGAGAAGAGCGGGCUGAAGCUGAAGAUUGUUAAGUUCUGGAAGUGCGGACAGUCGGAUGUCGAGAACCUCAUUGAGUGCGAGCUGGUUGAAUAA